CAGAAAUCAUGUUUAGAUUUGUAAAAUAUCUUGGAAUAGCUUCAGCAGGGUUCAUUUUCAUAACAGCAGACAAAGGAUUCUUCACAAACCUAUUUAAGAAAUUCGAACUUGAAGAUAAAGACUUAGAGGAAUUUGAGGCAUUUUACAUGAAUGUUGAUAGCAAAAUUGAAGACCAAAUUAAUAGUUACAAAUAAGUGGUUCAAUGAUAUCAACCAUUGUGUAAAAGAUGAAGAAAAAUAUGGGCAUAAAUAUUUGCAUCGGUUUGAGCUGAUGUACAUCCCUAACCAGUUUGACUCUAAUAAGAACUCAGACUCUGACCUCAAAGAAAAAAUAGGAAUUAUAUUUGAUGCGUCUGGGAUGACACCAGUUAAGCAUAAAGAGUUCGUUAGGAGAUAUACUUCCAACGGAUAUGAGUACAGGAAGUUUCCCAAAACUAAGACUUAUUACGAAACUUGUUCAUUAUUGAGACCAGAGCCUGUGUCUGAAUACAUAGGGAACAAAUAAGUUUGCGAACAAAUUUACAGAGAAAAUAAUAAAUGAAAUAGGGGAACGAGACGAAGGAGCCUACCCCUUCUUAGAGGUGUAUUUUGAUGAUAGAAUUGAGUAUUACGCACCAAAGAACAACAUAAGCCAAUUCUUUUUUAAGAAGUAA